AUGCUGACAAAAAUGAAUGCAGAUAUUGAAAAACCUGAACUUGAUGUUAUUACAGCUGAUAAUCAUCCUACGAUUCAACGCAAACGUGCGAAAACCAUGGAUUUUACAUCAUUAGCGAAAAGACCUGUUAAAGGUUCUUCAAUAAGUCUACAAUUAAAAAUAGCUGUAUUUCAAUUUUUAAGUACAAGCUUUCGAUGUGAACUAUUUACAUUAGCUACUCGAGGAACUGUAACGUUAGAAUCAGACAUUGAGCAUAUUAUAUCAACUGUUGGUCCAUUUAUUUCUUUUGCAGCAACGACACUUCUGACAGCAAAAGAAAAUACAAAUACUUAUGAUCCAUCAUCACCGUUCGCGUUUGAAAAACUUGAUUCAUCAGAUAUAGAUGACCAUGACAAUUCAAAUAAACAAGAGCAAACAAGUAGUCAUGGUGAUCAUUCAUCAGAAAAACAUCAACCAUCAAUAGUAGCAAUCGUUUGUAAUCCAAUUCUAUUAAAUCUUUCUAGCAAUGAACAAAGUAGUAAAAAUCGUCUUAAUCAACAAAAUUGCAAUAGUUCAAGUACUUCAUCUAAUGUAAAUGACGAAGUUACUAGUCCAACUAUGGAUAUUGAUCGAAUGUUUGGUGAUAAACAUGAUAAAUAUGAAUAUAUAUUUAUGUGUAUUUAUUUUUCAGUUUUUUUCCUAUUUAGCUUUACUAUCAGCAAGAUUCCAUAUGAAAUAAUGCAAAAAUAA